AUGGCUGACGGGACACUUUAUUCGACAAGCAGCGGGUUUUCUGAGGUGUCGCUGCUAGGCCGCACCGAGGUUAGCUCCGCAGAUUUUAAACAGCUGACCUGGUGUGGGAAUCAUUGCGUAGUUGUUGUGCAACAAGUGCGGUACAGCGGGGCCGAGGAGGAGGACGACGGAACGUGUACCGCGCAUCUCGUGAAUGCAGACGAUCCCGACAACACGGACAGCAUUCCUGACCUUCCGUAUGACAUUCGCCUGCUGAUGGAAGGCGACGGCGUUUGGAUGCUGUCGAAGGAUUGGCUUUAUUUCCUGCAAGAGGUCCCGCUGCCGGUCCAACGCGUGUUUUCCGUCGGGUCUCGUGCCCCGGCUGCAAUGCUGCUCAACAUCUACGACGAAUUUAUGACCGGCAAUGCCUCUGCCGUGCGCAUGCUGCAAAGCCUAGAGCGGCAAACUAGCGCGCUGAUGGACGCCGUGGCCGACUGCGUGGCUGCUGCAGGAUUCGAGUUCGAAGCGGCGCAGCAGAAACGUCUGUUACGCAUCGCCGCAUUUGGUCGAACGUUUUGUUCUGUAUGUGAUCCCGGCGCCUUUGUGGGCAUGGGCAAGCGUUUGCGCGUACGAAACCAUUUGCGCUUCGAGUCUGUUGGCAUGAUACUGACCGAUUGCCAGCUGAAGUGCUUGGGGGAAGAGCGCUUACUCCAACGUCUUGCGAUGUGCAACGAACAUCAAGUCGCUUUCUGCGUUGCGGACGCACUCGGGUCGGAUAUGAAACCAAUCAUGAUAAACUGGGCCAUGAGCAAGCUCACCAGCGUUGCCACGCGAGGAAAAGAUGAAGAGAAAGGUGUGGCGAAGCAGAUUGUCAAGAAACUCAAGGCGUGCAACUUUAACCGGUUUGCUGAACUGGCUCAACAGGCAAAGAUUUCUGGCUGCGGAGCUGCCGCGCUGGUGCUUCUCGACUCCGAAACCAGUCCCGGCAAACAAAUCCCCAUGCUGCUCAGCAUUGGCGAGGCUGACGUUGCGCUGAAGCGCGCCAUGAGCUCUGCCGACGCCGAUCUUCUGUUUACGGUGAUGGUUCACUUGAUUCGCACGCGCGGUUCUUCGGUGAUCGCGACGCUGGCCACUCACAAGGCUUCACGAGACUUGCUGUUGCAGUACGUGGGGAUGUGCGAAGGAAAUCAGGGUCUAAUGGUAGAAUACUUCAACAAAAACCCACGCACUCAGGUAUACUUUCAUCUCCGCAGCUUCUUUCAGGAAGAGACCCGGCUGAGCAACGCGCUGGCGCAGUCUGUGGAAAACGCUGAUUGGGAAAUGCUGCAAGAAUGCAAGAGCGUUGACAUCCAAGCGGCGAUCCUGUCCGCGAAAAAGGCUGUGGAGCAGAGCCCGCGUCCACAGCCGGCCACCACAGCCUUCUCUCCCAUCGUUGGUGGAGGGAUACCUUUCCCGCCUUCCAUGGUAGAGGAGCGGUAUCUGCUGCUGCAAAGUAAGCUCAUCGAGGAGCAAGUGCAGCUGAUGAAGGAGUUCAAAGACUGCCGCUUUUUGCAAGCUAGCGCGGCCGACACAAUCCGCUUCGCUCUAGAGCACGGGCGUACUUCCGUUGCGCAACGGCUGAAGAACGACUUUUGUAUUCCAGAGAAAAUGUAUCAACGUUGCAUGCUCAGCGCGUACCUGAGCACUGGCCAAUGGGAUCUUAUCGACAACAUGAGCGGCGUCACCUCGAGCAAAAAAACGCUGAUCGACGGGGAGGCGUAUGUGGCGGCGUUGCUGUCGUACAAGCGGCCGCAGCAGGCAAAGCAAUACGUACCACGAAUCCCGCAAAUUGAAGUGCGAAUGGAGUACUACGUCCUCUGCGGCGAUUGGUUCGGUGCUGGUGCAGAGUGCAAGCGAAACAAUGACCCUGAUCUGCUUGGACAACUCAAAGAGCGCGCGAAAGGAAACCUUGAAGUGCUUCAGCAGAUCGAGGAAGGCUGGAAAACACCAGCGCAGUCAACAGGGAUUAACUUUUCCAAGUUUUUCUAG